CCACGUUAAACACCUGUUAGCUUUGUGAGGGGGUGGAGGCUGCAGGUGUCGUGUCGGGACACGUGUGUGGAUCGAUACGAGGUGUUAUUAGCGGUGUUAUUGGGGUUUAAUUGUGUGGGUUUUUUUUUAAAGAGAAACGUGUUGUUGUUGUUGAUGCUAGCUCCGGUAAGCUAGGUUAGCUUAACGGAGGCUAGGCUAGCCCCGCUGGAGCUGAAGGAGCUGGUCUUUGUGUCGGAGCACAGGUUUCAAACUCUAGACCCCAGUCUUCCCCACUCAAGAGUGUUUGUUCAUCUCGGAGACUAAAUGCAACUGGAUCAGGGGGCUUGUGGGCAUGAAGUGGCUGGGCGAAUCCAAGAACAUGGUAUUAAAUGGCAGACGACACGGAAACAAGUUGACCAGCGAGCAACAUGUGAGCCAGACUCGCUCUCAGCACUCACAGCGGGCGUCCCUUCGCCACAACAAAAACAGAAGUCGAAGAUGUAGCCGCAGGUUUAGUGCAGCCAGUCUGGAAGCAGAGAGGCGCUAUGUGCCAUCUUCGGGAAUGACGGCCAAGGAGUUGUGUGAGAACGAUGACCUGACCACGAGCCUGAUCCUGGAUCCAUAUCUGGGCUUUCAAACUCACAAAAUGAACACCAGAUUUCGACCGGUUAAGGGAAGACAAGAGGAGCUGAAGGAGAUCAUCGAGCGCUUCAAGAAACACGACAACUUGGAGAAAGCUUUCAGAGCUUUGACAACCGGCGACUGGUCACGAAAUUUUUUUCUCCACAAGACGAAAGCUCAAGAAAAACUUUUCAAGCAACAUGUAUUUGUGUAUCUGCGGAUGUUUGCCACAGACAGCGGGUUUGAGAUUCUCCCUUGUAAUCGCUAUUCGUCAGAGCAAAACGGAGCUAAAAUUGUGGCAACAAAGGAAUGGAAAAGAAACGACAAGAUCGAGUACCUGGUUGGAUGCAUUGCUGAGCUCUCGGAGAGUGAGGAAAAUAUGCUGCUCCGACACGGGGAGAAUGACUUCAGCGUCAUGUACUCAACACGCAAGAACUGUGCGCAGCUCUGGCUGGGACCAGCUGCGUUCAUCAAUCACGAUUGUCGACCAAACUGCAAGUUUGUGUCGACAGGACGGGACACAGCCUGUGUGAAGGUUUUGAGGGACAUUGAACCAGGAGAGGAAAUCUCCUGUUACUAUGGAGAUGGGUUUUUUGGGGAAAACAAUGAAUUUUGUGAAUGCUAUACAUGUGAACGACGGGGCACUGGUGCUUUCAAAUCCAAAGCUGGGCUGCCAGUGGAAGUGCCGGUGAUCAACAGCAAGUACGGGUUGCGGGAGACCGACAAGCGUCUCAACAGGCUGAAGAAGCUGGGGGAAGGAAACCGGAGCUCAGACAGUCACUCUGUAGGCUCCCACACCGACGUUGACUCUCAGGAAAUGCCAAAAACACAUCAAUCCGCCAGAAAACGAACAUCAUCUUCUGGCCUGAAGUAUAAAAACAGGACUCAAUCCAGACAGACUUUGUCGAGAGCCCUAACUACCUCAUGUUCAAAACAAGGUCGUGUAAACAAUAACAGGGUACCAAAGAGACUAAAAUCCCAAUCCAAGCCUUCACUAAGUAAAGUCCAGUUGCGGAGUCGCAGGAGGGGUGCAGAGCCCAAGGCGUCGGCCAAAGGAGAGACUUGCCAGCUGGGUCUCAGGGACUCAAAGGUGUCGCUCUGUAAGGGCGUCACGGUGAAGAAGGAGAAGGAUGGACAGGAGCUGAUGCAGCAGACGUUGGGCCAGCGGGGCUGCCUCACCCGUCACGCCGCCAAGGAAAAUGGCAAUCUACCGCAUGGGCAAGGCAGUGAGGGCAGCCAGUGUUCCACGUACAGGACUCGCAGGUCCACGCGGACCCUCAUUAAAGCCCAGGACUCAGCGGCCGGCGUUAAGCUGGAGCCCAGCGCCAUGGACGGCUUGAGCCCGGUCCCUGGCGGCGUGGUCAUUAAAACAGAGCCGGCGGACUUGGAGGAGUACCUCGGCCACGGGGUCGGACUGGAGCAGCCGGCGUUGGACGGUGGUUAUUCCAGGAGAAGCUCGUGCUCCAGGCGGAAACGGCCGUCGCGAGUCCGGACCGAGAGGACGAUUAAAUGUGAGGACUCGUACGGCGAGCCGUUCAUGCCGGUGGCCCCUAGCCACGCCGCCAACUUCUCCGACUGCAGCAACGUGCUGCUGAGCUUCGCCGACCGGCACAGGGACUACAACGGGGUUUCCAACGGCAGCAAAUCCCUACGCAGGGACAAAGGUAAGAGCAGCUGCCGGUCGCAGGACAAGGUGAAGAAGAAACGCCAGAUCACGCGAUACGACGCCCAGCUGAUCCUGGAGAACAACACGGGCAUCCCCAAACUGACGCUCCGCCGGCGGAGGGACAGCAGCAGUAGCAAGACCAACGACAACGACCCCAUCGGCUCCUCCAACCUUUCCUCCUCCACGGUCAACUCGGCCUCUUCCAGCAAAAUCAGCAUCAAGUUCAGCAAGGACCACGACAAGGACAAAGGCAGCUCGUACAUCGCCAAACUGAACAACGGCUUCACCCCCGUGGUCCACAGUAACUCCACCAAGCUGAAGAUCCAGCUGAAGAGGGAGGACGAUGCGCGCAGGAUAUCCCAGACAAAGGCGGACCAGAUGUCCUUUAAUGGGGACAUGGGCCAGAGUCUGGAGGCCAGAAAUGGUGGACAUCGGACCCAAAAGGUCCUGGCAGAGCCGUCGUCGUCGUCGUCGUCGGACGAGGACGACGACGAGGAAGAGGACGACGACGACGACGACGAUGAUGACGACGACGACGAAGAUGACUACUUCGACAAUGAGUUCGAAGACGAUUUCAUUCCACUUCCUCCAGCAAAGCGCCUCCGACUCAUCGUGGGCAAAGACUCCAUAGACAUCGAUAUCUCCUCCAGGAGGAGAGAGGAUCAGUCUCUGAGGCUCAAUGCAUAAGCUGUGGAGCUCAUCACUCCCACCUCCCCCCCCCCACCUGUAAAUAAAGAUGACUCGCUAAUCAACUGUUGUGUUGAUGUAAAAGAAGUACAGUAAUUUAAAAACAAAAAAAAUGCUGAAAAAUUCUGAAUGAAGGUGCUGUUGACCUUAAAAACAAAUCUCUGUUAUUCACUUACGUUCAUCAUCAAGUUCUAAAUAUAAAACAAAUAACAUUAUUUGAGCAAAAGCUUACUCACACAUUUAAUCUGCACACUAGUCUAAAUUUAAACUGGUUUUCCCUCCUUUAUAGUUUCUGAAUAAUCCGACCCGUAAGUGAAAAACGAGCAUUUGUUUUAAGUUCAACCAUUCCUUUAAGUGAAUGCACUUAUAUUCAUAAUGGACAUGGAUAUUGUAGAAAGUGUACAGUAUGGUGACUAUCCCCUCUGUCUCAUAGGCAGGUUUUUAUUGAACUCUUGAUUUCUGUCUCCUAGUUUGUAACUUUUUUUUCUUGCACGCGGCGAAACCACGCCGAGCGUACGGCGCGGCUUCGGUCCAGAGGCAUUAAAAGAUCAGUCAGUUCAGUUCAUUUGGAUCCAGGUGCCAUGUUGUCAUUAUCCCAGUAGUUCUCCUGCUAAAGAACCACUUUGAAUUUCAGUAAUUCAUCAAUUAUGGACAUUAUUUACUGUGUAAGUUAAUCACCUGUCUCUCUGUUGAGUCCAAUCAUGCGAUGCUAAUCCCUCAUGCAAAUCAUAUUAUCCAUCAUAGAAAGAGCUGCUGAGGCAGAUAGUUUUUUUUUUUUUAUAUAUAUGUUACGUAUUUAUCAUGCAACCAAAAGUUAAUGUGCUGCAGAUCACUGACACAAUGUCGACAAACGUUUGCAUUAACAAUAUGCAUGUGGAACUGCAGAGCGUUUGGUUUCGCCUGCAGUCGUCACACAUUCAUGAUAUAACGUACGUUUUUGUUUGUUUUUUAUUUCCCCACCCCUAGAGCGCUGUAAAUAAAUUACGUUAAUUAAGCUGCAGAGUUCCAAGAAGUAAAAGCACACAAGGUUUAUUACUGUGUAAUGGUAACAUGGCACACCUUUGUAGAUCAAAAGGUAAAUCAAACCAAAUCCAAACAUAAAGGCUACCUAUUUGCUUUUCAAACAUGUAAUCAAGAAAAGUAAUGUACAGAAAGACCGGCUCACGUCCUUCAACUGAACAUCUAUUCUCUCUCAAAGUCCAGUCUCACUUUUGUUUUUCUAUUUACCUAAUCAGAUAUUUUGGGGGAAGUUAAGAUCAACACUAGAGUUUUAGGAGGAAAACCCACAUCUGAAAUGUUCUUAACUAGCGUAGAGCCAUGUAUUCUUUUCCUCUAUGGUGCUACCUUUAAUUUCUUCACCACCUUGUUCUGAGUUUCUGUCCUGUGUGACUCUCUACUGGUAGAUGGCGGCAGCAUUAACGUACAACCGGCCCACAUAAAUCUGUAGAAAUCCACGUUUCUAUCAGUUGUGUUUGUAGCCUAUUUAAGUUGUGUUUUUAUUUAAGUUUGUUUUAUUUACAGGUGCUUUUUUAGUUUGCAAACUCAGCAUUAGGUGCCUUAACAAAGAGCUUCUUCACACAUUUAGACCAAAUUUGUAACUAAUCAAUGAAUAGUGACGAUGCUGAGCCAUCUGCUCCCCCCCCUUGAGAUAUUGAAACACUUCAACACAAGUCCGCCGUCAGUCCUUCUGUAUAUUAUUUUAUUUUUGUUGUGUGGAUUAUAAAUGAACUGUCCAGUAGAUCAAGGGAUCAACUGAGAUCGAAUGUUAACCCACUUCUCCUUGUGUUAAUACGUACUGUUCAUAUCACCAGCAGCUAAUCACCGUUCUGGACCCGGGCUCAGUCUGUCCUUCCCUCCUUUCGUCGGACGUCUUCAUCCUACACUGUAAACUGUUCCAGGUGUAACGUCUGUGUGGUCUUUGUGUCCAAUAGACAGCUGUCAAGAUUUCCAAUUGAUCCAAAAAGUUUAAAAAAAGAAAAACUGAAAAAAAAGGCAAAACAAAAUGUGAAUAGUUUGCGGACAUUUUAGCGUGUUGCGUUGGUAGUGGGAAACGUAAAGAGAAUUAAAAAUGGACAGUGCAUAUAUUGUCCGAUAUGUAAAUCAUGUGAACACAUCUUGUACUUAUUUAACAGUUUUGAAUACUUGAAAACUAUAUAAAGUUUCUUUGUGACUCCUGUUUCCCCCGAGCCUGUUCUGAGGUCGACUGGAUGUUGACGGAAAAGCUUUGUUUUGUUUUUUUAAAUGUUGCUUUAUUUUCUGUAAAUGUUAUUUCCUCUCACAGAUAUGACUAGUUAUUAUCUAUAUUUCUUAUUAUUGUCAACAAAUCCUAUGAAAAUAGCAAAACCAACAAUGUGUUAGACGGCCUUUCAAUGCAUUCUGACUUCCUGUUUUUGGCUCCAAGCUCAUUGGUUACUGGUUUUGAAGAUGCA